GGCAACAAAUUCUAUUCUAAUUCUAUAUUGGUUUAAACUCAAAGCACCAUACUCGGAAAAAACUCUCCAUUAUUAUUAUUAUUUUAAUUACCAAAGCUCAAUUGUAAGCUCAUAAUUUACAUGGCAGAUCAAUCAGAUGGCAGAGAAGGAGAUAAAAAUCCCAAAACACCUAUACCCGGAAAAAGAAACAUACUCAUCACAAGCGCCUUGCCUUAUGUCAACAACGUUCCUCAUCUGGGCAAUAUCAUUGGCUGUGUUCUAAGUGCAGACGUGUUUGCUCGAUAUUGUCGUCUUCGUGGCUACAACGUGAUUUACAUAUGUGGGACUGAUGAGUAUGGCACUGCCACAGAGACAAAGGCCAUGGAGGAGAAUUCUACUCCUCAGCAGAUUUGUGACAAAUAUCACGCAAUUCAUAAGCAGGUCUACGAUUGGUUCAACAUAAGUUUUGAUGAAUUUGGACGCACCUCAACUCCUCAACAAACUGAAAUAUGCCAAUCAAUUUUCAAGAAACUGAUGGAGAACAAUUGGCUUUCUCAAAAUACUAUGCAGCAGCUUUAUUGCGAAAAAUGCAACCGGUUCUUGGCUGAUAGGCUAGUCGAAGGCACCUGCCCUAUGCUAGAUUGCAACUAUGACUCUGCACGUGGAGACCAAUGUGAGAAGUGUGGAAAGCUAUUGAAUCCAACUGAACUCAAAGACCCCAAAUGCAAAGUAUGUCAAACAACACCACAAAUUCGUGAGACGGAUCACUUAUUUCUAGAGCUUCCAUUGUUGAAGGAAAAAUUGGAAGAAUACAUCAAUAACAUGUCAGGUGCAGGAUCUUGGAGCCAAAACUCCAUUCAAGCUACUUAUGCUUGGCUUAAAGAAGGAUUAAAGCCUCGCUGUAUAACUAGGGACCUUAAGUGGGGUGUUCCUGUUCCACAUGACAAAUUUAAGGAUAAGGUUUUCUAUGUGUGGUUUGAUGCGCCUAUUGGUUAUAUCUCAAUCACUUCAUGUUACACAUCUGAUUGGGAGAAGUGGUGGAAGAACCCUGAAAAUGUGGAGUUGUACCAGUUCAUGGGCAAAGAUAAUGUGCCAUUCCACACUGUUAUGUUUCCAUCUUCACUUAUUGGGACUGGAGAAAACUGGACAUUAAUGAAGAGCAUUAGUGUUACUGAGUAUCUGAACUAUGAAGCAGGGAAGUUCUCCAAGAGUAAGGGGAUAGGAGUCUUUGGUAACGAUGCAAGAGAUUCGAACAUUCCAUCGGAAGUGUGGCGGUAUUACUUGCUAACUAACAGACCAGAAGUCUCAGAUACAUUGUUUACCUGGGCUGAUUUGCAAGCAAAACUAAAUACUGAGUUGCUUAAUAAUUUGGGAAACUUCAUCAACCGAGUUUUGAGCUUUAUUGCCAAACCUCAAGGAUCAGGAUAUGGAUCCAUCAUUCCUGAUUCGGCCGGCGCUGAAUCACAUUUAUUGACAAAGACAUUAGCAGAAACAAUUGGUAAAUAUGUGGACCAAUACAUGGAAGCAAUGGAAAAGGUAAAACUAAAGCAAGCACUGAAAAUUGGAAUGAGCAUCUCCAGUGAAGGGAAUGCAUAUCUGCAAGAGAGCCAAUUCUGGAAGCUUUACAAGCAAGACAAACAUUCCUGCAAUCUCGUUGUGAGGACUUCUGCGGGGCUAGUCUAUCUUCUCUCUUGCUUGUUAGAGCCAUUUAUGCCUUCGUUUUCUCUCAAGGUCCUAAAGCAGCUUGCCAUUCCUCAUGAAAAACGACUUUCGCUUAACGAUGAAAAUGGAGAUAAUCUCGAGAGGGCAAGAAAACCUUGGGAACUUAUACCUGUUGGCCAUAAGAUUGGGACACCAGAACCUUUAUUUAAGGAACUGAGAGAUGAAGAUGUGGAGUUUUUCAGGAACAAGUUCUCUGGAAGCCAAGCUGAUAGGAUACUAAAAACAGAAGUGGAAGCAAGCAAAACGGCUGAGCAAUUGGCGAAAACAAAAAUAUGAACUUCACUUUCCUUGCAUCUGGUGUAACUCUAGUGAUUGAAAUCCAACCAUCAAUACUGAUCAAAUCAUCAAAUGCACUUCGUUACAUAAUUGCAAUUGUGUGGUCGUUAGCUUCUUUCUAUCCUUUUUUUUUUUUUCCCUUUCUGAAAGAGGGUGUUGUCGUUUUCCACAUUGUUUGAAAAAUCAAUAUUUACAAUAUUUAUAUUCUGGAAAAAUUUCAGAGACUUUCUUGUACAAAAUUUUCUUCAAACCAAAGGAAGGGCAAAUUUCUGAAACUAAAACAAAGCACGCCGUCUGUGGGAAUCGAACCCACGACCACAUGGUUAAAAGCCAUGCGCUCUACCG